GUUUCCUCCAUAUAAACCAAAACAAAUCUCACUAAAAGUCCCAACCUUUAAACCCCAAAACACACACAACAACAAAAGAAAAGAACUUCUUCACCAACACCAUGAUGACGUCUAACUCCGACGAACCACGACAGAUGAGACCACACGGCGUGAUAACAGGUGUGCUUCCUCCUCCUCCUCCGACCACCACCAACACCAACGAGAAGCAAGAGCAGCUCCCUUGUCCUCGCUGCGAAUCAACCAACACAAAGUUCUGUUACUACAACAACUACAACUUCUCUCAGCCUCGUCACUUCUGCAAAUCCUGCCGCCGUUACUGGACUCACGGCGGCACUCUCCGCGACAUCCCCGUCGGCGGCGGUACUCGCAAAACCGCCAAACGCUCCCGCACUUCCUCCUCCUCCCCUUCCUCCUCGGGAGGAACCGUUAACGUUCCGUUACAAGCGACGCCUGUUCUCUUCCCACACUCGCCGACCUCUAACGGCGUUAUAACGGCUCCGCUCGAGAACGAAGGGAAGGGAAACGCUUUGUCUCUCUCCGGAAGCUUCACGUCUCUUUUGAGCCAGAACGCAGCCGCAGCGCAUGGAACCGGGUCGGUUAUCGGAAUCGGCGGGUUUGGGAUCGGGCUCGGGUCGGGUUUUGAUGACGUCAGCUUCGGGAUGGGGAGAGCGGUGUGGCCGUUUUCGAGUGUGGGUGGGGGUUCUGCUACGACGACGAAUGUGGGGAGUAGUAACGGUGGGCAUAAUCACGCGGUUGUUACGAUACCGUCCACGUGGCAGUUCGAGGGUUUGGAGAGUAGCAACGGGGGUGAGUACUUUGCGUGGCCGGAUCUCUCUAUCACAACGCCUGGGAACUCGCUCAAGUGAAAGAGACUUUUUUUUUUUUUUUUCUCAUAAAGCUUCUGUCUGUAGGAGAGGGUUUCGAUUUGCUUUAGUGAUCUUUUACUCUUUUUUAGUGUGUCUGGUCUUUUUUUAGAACUUUGUGUAAUGAAACUAGAAAACAGAGAAAGUUUGUGUGUGUCUUUUUUCUUUUUUUUUAAUUUUGUGGGCGGAUCUUUUACCUUGUUACUUUCUACUGUGUUGUUUCAGUUCUUGCACAAGUGAUUGAGAAUUGGAAAUGAGGAUACUUGUUUAGAACAAGAGGAUAGGUGCUGUAGUGUAAGGAAUAGAUCUUGUUCAAUGAAUGAUGAUCAUCUUUAACACUGUCUUAUUCAUCUUGUGCUUGAAUUAUUUCCCGAGUAGACUGGUCUCCAGAUGAGGAAACUUGUGUGCUGUUGUU